UGGUGAUUGCUUCCACUAGGUGGCGCGCGCACUCUUUACAUUCCUCCUUCAAAACCCGAAGAAGAGACAAUUUUCAGCUUUUCUUGAAAACAUGUCCGAGUACGACACUGUUCAGAAAAGUGCCCUCAAAAUUAAGGGUGUGGGAAGUAUUUCUUCUGGCAAAAAGAAGAAGAAGAAGGACAAGGAGAGCAAGCGUCGCUUGGAGCAGGUGGUGACCAAUGAAAACGAGGAGGAGGUGAAAGCCACUAAGACGUACAUGGACAAAAGGACGCCUGCUCAGAUCGCUUUUGACAAGAUGCAAGAAAAGAGGCAAAUGGAAAGAAUACUGAACAAAGCAUCCAAGACACACAAGCACAGAGUGGAGGACUUUAAUCGCCACCUGGACAACUUGACCGAGCAUUAUGAUAUUCCCAAAGUCAGCUGGACCAAAUGAUUCUCCGUAUGUUUUGUCUUGGAAGGUUAUGUUGUGCUUGUUUAAUGUAUUCACUUUUUGAUAUGAAAGAAUGAGGAAGACAUGAUGGUGUUGCUUUUUUAAUGGACAAACCACAGUCCUAUUUGGAAACAAUGAUGGCACAUGAUGGCAAACCCAAUAAACUGCGUUUGUGUCAC